AUGCAUAAUUCAGGAAAGCCUCCUUCAAACCUAACUAAAAGACUCUCUCCCAAGCCUUCUCACAAUUUAGAUGUUUUCGAUAGAUUGCACUCACAGACUUCAAAAACCAUAAAAUCUAACAAUUCCAACGAAAAAUCUGGCUCAAUGCAUGUAAAAAGGUCAUCAGCUCCAAUAAUCAGCUCUUAUCAGAUUUAUGAUGAGAAAUUGUCUUUAAAAAUCGACACUCACGUUAUGCCAGCCAAGAAUUGAACUUCCAGGAUAGCAUCUACAUACACACCGAACAGAUCUCCUUUAAUCAAAGAUGAUAUAGGAAUGAGAACGACACCGAAAUUUCAUUUGAAUUUACAAACUGGCCAUUGCUUUGAACUGCAAUCAGCUGAAAAUCAUACGCCUCUUGCGAGAACUGUAACUAUAGGCUGCGCUGGAGAAAGGAUCAAUUAUGAACAUAAUCCAUUAAUAACGCCACGAAAGAAGAAACCUGAUAUAUAUCUAAUUAAUGAUUUUUGUUAG